AUGCGAAUUCUCGUCGCAAAAUCCUCGCUGGGGAAACGGCCUGCUCUCUGCUUUCUCGCGCUGCCAAAUAAAAUCCACACGAGAAACGAAGCAACUUUUCUUCAGCAACACAGCCUUGUUUCUCUCCCUCACCCACGUCUCGAACCACGGUCGCCGAAUCGCAUUGGUCCGAUUGUUAAACUGUAA